GUCAAGCACUAGUAAAACAAAAAUCCGAACUAGAACAACGAAUACGAGAUCUUGAUCUGGCUCAAGGCGAUGAAAUUCCUCAAGACCUUAAAGAUAAAUUAAUCGAGCUGGAAAAACAAGCUAAAAUUAUUGAUGCGACAUCAGCAAAGCUUGGUUACAAGGGUCUUUCUUCGGAUGGGGAUUUAGCUGGAUCACCUGGUCCUUCUGCCACAUCGAUGGUUGAUUCAACACCCAUAGCAACUACUUCAUCACGUCCUAGUAGACGUGAAAUAAAUAAAUCAAAAAAUCGUAAACAAGAUAUUGAAUUUGCCGCAGAAAUAGGACAGGGUCUAUUGGUGGAAGUUCGGCGUUUACAAGCGUUACUCCAAGAAAAGGAAGAAAGAAUAAAAGAACUUGAAGUGGAUAAAGCAGAAUUAGAGCGUGUAAUUGAGAUGCUUAACAAGCAACUUCGAGGAAAAGAAGAAUCGGAAGAACGGUACAAGGAAGAAAAUUGGAACCUUGAAUUAGCCAAACAAGAAUUGAGUUCACAAUUAGAUGAUCUUCAACAACAAUUAGCCAAAGCUCGUAAUGAUUAUUCAAAAAUUGAAAAGGCUCUCGCAGCUGCAACUGAUGUUAUUGAACAACUUAAAGAUAAAGAAGAAAGAUUGACAGCGGAAUAUUUUAACUUAAAAACUCGCCAUGAUCAAGAUAUGGCUAAUAAUAGAAGACAUGUUGCUGCACUUAAUCGAGAAAAAAAUGAUCUCAUGAAAAGUUUAGAUGAUUUGAAGACUCAAUUUGAUUCAUUACAAGCUGCCAGAAUCAUAAGAAAAAGAACACCGGAACCAGGUGCAGUUCAAAAUGAUGUAUACACUGACGAAUUUGGUCAACCUUUAUCAACUAGCGAUGAUACUAGUAACGGGGCCAUACCAGCAGCUUUACAAGGCAAAAACUUGAAUAUCGAAGUUGAAACUUUAAAAGCUCUAGGGGUAGCUAAUCGUAUGAUUGGUAAUCUUCGUGCAAAUAUCCAAAAAGAAAAAAGCGAAAAAUAUGAACUCAAAAAACUUCUAGCAGAUAGUCAAGAACAAAUUGAAGCGAUGAGGUAUGAAACAGAAUUUGCAGAUCCUACAGCUUUCGGCAAGAAACCUAAAAGUAAACGACCAAAGAGAUCGUCUGCAUCAAGUAAUGGAUUACCAAACAUUGACGAAAAUGAGCCAUUUAACGAUAAUGGUGAUUCACAAGAUGAGGAUGAAUAUUUUGAAGAGCAUUCUUUAGAAGAAGAUGGUGAUGAUGAUAUGGUUAUCAAUAAAGAUAAUCGUCCUUCAUCAGAUAUGUUUAAGCCUCGUGGAUGGAAACAUGACCUUUCAAGAAAGAGCAAGAAUUCAAUGCGAAGUUCUAUAAUGUCAAGUAAGAUCGAUGAGGAUAUUCUUGGUGUCGAAGAAGAAGAAUUUGAUGAAAAUGAUGAAAUAGUCGCUGCACAAAGAGCCGAAGCUCUUAAUAACUUAACUAAACUUAAUAGAAAUCCAUCUAUAUCAUCGAAAUCAUCUCGAUUGUCUACGGACCCUAAUAAAUCGAUUGAAGGUCCCGAAUUUGCUAGCGAUUCUAAAUCUAUUCGCGAUUCAAAGCAAAGAGAAUCAGUUGUACGUAUGCGUGUCAGCGAAUAUGAAGAUAUUUUAAAACAUAAAUCCGAACCUGUAAAUGAUGGUAGCUUUUUCCGUGAACGUAAAUCUGGUAGAUAUAAGAUCAUCAAUCUUGAUACUGGCGAGGAAUAUGAAGAAGAAAUUAAAGAUGAUGCUUCUUCUGUGGAUUCAUUUACAUCUGCAAAUGAGGUUAAUUUAGAUUCAAAAAGGGAAUCAGCUGCAUCCAAGAGGGAAUCGAAUUCAAAACUUGCAUCAAACCGAAGAUCUUCGAUACCAACAACUUCGAUACCAACAAAUUCGAUACCAACAACUUCAGAUGCAUUCACUGAGACAGAAACCGUUCCUCCAAAAGAAUUUAAGGAAGUGUCAGUUCAAACUGAUAACGUUCCUGAAGUGAUAAGAAGUGACUCACUUUCUACAAUUCAUACUGGCAAGUUUACAUUUGGUCGAGAUACUGUUUAUAGUAAUGCCAAUGAAUCAAAGGAUGACCCCAACGCUCGACAAUCCGUUCUUUCUGUUCCUGAAGAUAACAACAUUGAUAAACGAUUUACACUUGAUCUAAGUUCAGCAGCAUCGGGACAUCAGAAAAAUCAACGUAAUCAACAUGGAGACAAUGUUGAAGAAAGCAAUCCUCGUGGUCAUUUACAACCACAUAAUAAACUUCAUGAUCAAGCUCGUGGAUUAUUCCCCCCACCACGACCUACAGUUAAUCCUCCACAAACACUCAUGGCUCAUACACAACGUCCUAUAACUGCUAACUUCGGACAACAAGCGGGAACAUCUAAAGUUCCUCAUAAUCCAUUAAAUAUUGGUAGAAAAUCUUCCACAGAUUCACAGGAUAAUUUACCGAUAAAUAAUACUCGUUCUAUCGGAAAUGGUGUCCUUCCAAAUCAUAAACACACACUUAGUUCAGGUUCAGUGUCAAGUGUUAGUAGUGCUUCUACCUCGGCUGAAAAUAUAGGACGUUCAGACUCAUCUCAUGUUGAAGCUGGUAGCAGCACUGGACCCAUGACCGGUCCUUCUGGUACAGAUCCAAAUAUCAUUCAUGCAAUCACCCAAACAAUGAUUGGUGAAUAUCUAUAUAAAUACCACAGAAGUAAUUUUGGCGCUGGAAAACGUCAUAAGCGAUUUUUCUGGGUCCAUCCUUACACCAAAACCUUAUACUGGAGUAUUAAAGAUCCCGCAUACAUUGAAUCAGUAAAACAAGUUCCAGAUAAUAAUCCUUCACCUCCUGGUCUCCAUUAUGAAAGUUUGGUCAUUAAAACUCCUGAAAGAGAGUUGAAAUUCACGGCUUCAUCAAAAGAACGACAUGAUUAUUGGUUCCAGGCCUUAAGUUAUUUAUUACAACGACCUGAUGAGGCAGGACAAAUGGGGCAAGGGCAAAUGGGACAAGGUCAAAUGGGACAAGGUCCAACUCCAGGAAAACAUUCAAGGAAUGGUACAGAUCCUUGGGAAAAUCAAGCGAAUUUGCAAAGUCUUCACAGUACUACAUCUCCAAACGGAUCGAUAAGGGGAUCAAAUACUAGAGAGAUUAAGAAAAAGUCUAGUUUUAAUAAGAUUCAAGCAAUGUUCCGUCGAGAUGGAUCAUCGUCUUCACCACUAUCAUCAGAACUUAUAGAUGGUCAACACCAACAAUUUGGAUCUUUAAAUAAUAACAUUGAUGAUGAUGAACUUGAAGAUUUGGAGAAUGUACGGCAAUGUUGUGAUGGCCGUCAUGAUGAUUAUCGGUGGAAUUAA